GAAUCCACUUCCGGGAGAGAGCGGAAGGGGCGGGCUGGUGGAGGCGGGCCAAGAUGGCGGCACCUUUGAGGAUUCAGAGCGACUGGGCCCAGGCUCUCAGGAAGGACGAAGGGGAGGCCUGGCUGAGCUGUCACCCCCCAGGGAAACCAACUUUGUAUGGCAGCCUAACUUGUCAAGGAAUUGGCCUUGAUGGCAUCCCAGAGGUUACAGCUUCUGAAGGAUUUAUUGUGAAUGAAAUAAACAAGAAAAGCAUUCAUGUUUCAUGUCCAAAGGAAAAUGUAUCUUCAAAAUUUUUGGCACCAUAUACUACUUUUUCCAGAAUUCAUACGAAGAGUAUAACAUGCCUGGACAUUUCCAGCGGAGGAGGCCUUGGUGUGUCUUCUAGCACCGAUGGAAGCAUGAAGAUCUGGCAGGCUUCCAAUGGAGAGCUCAGAAGAGUAUUGGAAGGACAUGUGUUUGAUGUGAAUUGUUGCAGGUUUUUCCCAUCAGGCCUUGUGGUUCUGAGUGGGGGAAUGGAUGCCCAGCUGAAGAUCUGGUCAGCUGAAGAUGCUAGCUGUGUGGUGACCUUCAAAGGUCACAAAGGAGGUAUCCUGGAUACAGCCAUUGUUGAUCGGGGGAAGAAUGUGGUAUCUGUUUCUCGGGAUGGGACAGCACGACUUUGGGAUUGUGGGCGCUCAGCCUGCCUGGGAGUCAUUGCAGACUGUGGUUCUUCCAUCAAUGGAGUGGCUGUGGGUGCUGCUGACAACUCCAUAAACCUCGGCUCCCCUGAGCAGAUGCCCAGUGAACGAGAGGUUGGAACAGAGUCGAAAAUGCUGCUGUUGGCCCGAGAAGAUAAGAAACUUCAGUGCUUGGGACUGCAGAGCAGGCAGCCGCUGUUCCUCUUUAUUGGCUCAGAUGCCUUCAAUUGCUGUACUUUUCUCUCUGGCUUCUUGCUAUUGGCUGGGACACAGGAUGGAAACAUUUAUCAGCUGGAUGUAAGGAGUCCAAGGACUCCAGUACAAGUCAUCCACAGAUCAGGAGCACCAGUUAUGUCUCUGCUGAGUUUCAGAGAUGGAUUCAUUGCUAGCCAAGGUGAUGGAAGCUGUUUCAUUGUCCAGCAAGACUUAGACUAUGUGAUUGAGCUCACUGGGGCUGACUGUGAACCUGUGUACAAGGUAGCCACAUGGGAGAAGCAGAUCUACACAUGUUGUCGAGAUGGUCUUGUGCGACGCUAUCAGCUCUCUGACCUCUGACCCCUUGGGAAGAGGAGUCCCAGUAAAUGAAAAGGAUUGACUCUGAUCAACAGUGAGCAGAAACAUCAUCAGGGACCAUGGAACGACCAUGAGUGACCUUUGUUGUAUUGGGUACCCUCCGGAAACAAUAGAAAGUCAGCUGCUUUGGCCCAUGUGGAGCUGUCAUUCCAUGACAAGACCCACUUUGAACUGAGUAAGAAGCUCACAUGUGCUCGCUGCAUUUGUCCCAACUUCUCCCUUAAACUCAGCCCAGCACAUAGGGCAAGGAAAUGGAUGCUUAUAGUGUGAUUCCACACUGAUUGUGUUCAGUGUUUACAAGGACUGGAGAACUAAAGCCUGUUCUCUGGAGGAAAUAAAGAGAAUAUGGAGGAAUCUGAAUUUGAAAAACUUUGUUAAAUAUUCUUUCUGUAGCAAAAAGUCAGUCACGGUGAUGGGAUUCCUUUCUCAGGCACUUCUUAUCAGCCUGGCUAUAGGGAAGGGCUACUUGACAGUAGCAGUAAGUAUCCCACGUGCAACCUGGGAAAGAUUCUUAUACAGGAAGGGUAGUAACCACCAUCCCAAUUUUCCUCAGAUUAAGGGGUCUUCUGCUAUAUGGGACUUUCUAUCCUGGGCAAACUGAUAUGAUUGGUUAGCCUUUAUACAGGUGAUGAAGUUGAAUCAUCGUUGUAAAAUUGACAGCUGUCCAAGUGUGGUUCUUAGAGCAGCUGUAUCAGAUCACCCAGGAACUUGUUAGAAAUUAUGGGAAGUGCCUCCCCUUUUCAGACUUAAAUCAGAAAUGCUAUGGAUGGGGCCCACAAUCAGUAUUUUAACUAUUUCCAGGUGAUUCUAAUUCCUGCUAAAAUAUGAGAGACAAAAAGAGAUGGUGAAGGGCAAUUUAGUCAUAGAUGGAACUCAGUGCUCAUGGAUGAGGCUGAAGUGGUUGACAGGGUCCAAAUAGUGAAGGGGCUUAAAUGCCAGGUAAGGAGCUUGAGCUUCACUUGGUUGGCAUUGGGGAGCCACAGAACACUUUUUAAAGCAAGGGUACAACAUGGUCACUUCUUUUUUUCCCUAAACAUAAAAAUGGAGUCAUAAUUAUAUAUAUUCCAUGGUUUAUUUUCAUGUAGUGUCUCUGAGUUCCUUAUAUCUCAAUACAGUUGGACUGUCCUCAUUCUUUUUAAUAAAAAGUGUAGAUUUCCCUGGCAGUCCAGUGGUUAAGACUCUGCACUUCCGCUGCAAGGGGGCAUGGGUUUGUUCUCUGGUUGGGGAAAUAAGAUCCUGCAUAUUGCACCAGCGCAACAACAACAAAAGACUGCUAGUAAGACUCAAAGAGAUCUAGUGAUUAGCCAAGGGUCAUAGAGGGUAGGAACUUGAACACAGUUGAACUUUAAAUCCUAUAUUUUCCUUCUAGCUGCUUUUGCCUAAACCAAAUUGAAAAUAAAAUACUGUAGUUCAUUGAA